AUGGCUACCACCCAAUCAAAGAGACACGCUAAGACCCAGUCCUCAUUCGCUUUCGAAAGCACAACCACCUCUGUUGCUGCUAGUCAAAUGCGUAAUGCUUUAAACAAAUUGGCUGACACUGUUCAAGACAAGGAACUCCAAACUAAAUUUGAAAAUGAAAUGGAUUCUUUCUUUGCUUUAUUCAGAAGAUACUUGACUGAUAAAGCUGCUGGUAGUACUUUGGAUUGGGACAAAAUCAGAUCUCCAAACCAAGAUGAAGUUGUUGACUAUAAAAAAAUUGCCUUACCAGAAAGUGCUGACAAUUUAUCAAAAUUAGCUGUUUUGAAAUUAAACGGUGGGUUAGGUACUUCAAUGGGUUGUGUUGGUCCAAAAUCAGUUAUCGAAGUUAGAGAUGGUAACACUUUUUUGGAUUUAGCUGUUCGUCAAAUUGAACAUUUGAAUAGAAAACAUGAUUCUGAUGUCCCAUUAUUAUUAAUGAACUCUUUCAACACCGAUGAAGAUACUCAUCAAAUCAUUAGAAAAUAUGGUGGUCACAGAAUAAGAAUCAGAACUUUUAACCAAUCAAGAUAUCCAAGAGUCUUGAGAGAUUCUUUAUUACCUGUCCCAACUAGUUAUGAUGAUGAUAUCAAUGCUUGGUACCCUCCAGGUCAUGGUGAUUUAUUCGAAUCUUUACAUUCUUCUGGUGAAUUAGAUGCUUUAAUUGAACAAGGUAAAGAAAUCUUGUUUGUUUCCAAUGGUGAUAACUUGGGUGCUACUGUGGAUUUGAAAAUUUUAAACCAUAUGAUUGAUACUGGUGCUGAAUACAUUAUGGAAUUAACUGAUAAAACUAGAGCCGAUGUUAAAGGUGGUACAUUAAUCAAUUACAAUGGUCAAGUUAGAUUAUUAGAAAUUGCUCAAGUUCCAAAAGAACACGUUGAAGAAUUCAAAUCUAUCAAGAAAUUCAAAAAUUUCAACACAAAUAACUUGUGGAUUAACUUGAAAGCUGUUAAAAGAUUAAUCGAAGCUAACUCAAUCCAAGUUGAAAUCAUUCCAAAUGCUAAAUCAAUCACCAACAAAAGUGGUCAAGAAGUUAAUGUCUUACAAUUAGAAACUGCUGUCGGUGCUGCUAUUAGACAUUUUAACGGUGCUCAUGGUGUUGUUGUUCCAAGAUCAAGAUUCUUACCUGUUAAAACUUGCUCAGAUUUACUAUUAGUGAAAUCAGAUUUAUUCUACUUAGAACAUGGUGCUUUAGUUUUAGACCCUUCAAGAUUUGGUGCUAAUCCUUUAAUUAAAUUAGGUUCUCAUUUCAAAAAAGUUUCAGGUUUUAAUCAAAGAAUCUCUCAUAUUCCAAAAAUCUUGGAAUUAGAUCAUUUAACAAUCACUGGUAAUGUUACUUUAGGUAAAGGUGUUGUCUUAAAAGGUACUGUUAUCAUUGUUUGUUCUGAAGGUCAAAGAAUUGAUAUUCCAAAUGGUUCUGUCUUGGAAAAUGUUGUCAUUACUGGUAACUUGACAAUCUUGGAACAUUAG